UGCUUGCUGCAGUAUUCCUCGCCCUAGCUCUAGAAUGUUAUCUCCUCCUCGACACUCCCAUCAGUCAUGCUGCUUAAUCAGUAUAUGGCGAUUUGACCACAUCGCCCACGAAUCAAAGUGCGACCAUGCCGGUUCCGCCAUGGACCUGGUUGUGUGGCAGGUGGUCGAUAUAUCCAGAGAAGGCCCUGCAGCGUGCAUUGGUGAUGGCCGGCCACGAGAGUUGCGGCCGGUGGGACUGGACUAAACCUCGGAAGCGCAGUGGCUCUGGAGGGCGCAGAAGCUCUCGCUGGAUAUUGGAACCGCCCGCGACCAAAAGGAGAGUGGAGAUCGGCACCCUUGUCUGCUCGUCCGCCUGCUCUCGCUGCUGGCAUACCCCUGGAUCACGAGGCGGACGUCAACGCCGGUACACUCAUGUUCGCGUCGACGUGUGCUAUGAUGCCGUGUCUUUCGCCCUGCUGCUGGCGCGCCUUUAUUACUUCGGUGUCGAUGCUCUUCCUCGUGCGGACUGCCUUCGCCCAACACGAUCUGAGCUACGCUGGAGCUAUGAUCGAUGGACUGGCGCACACCGCGGUCCGAGGCUUCCGUAGACCAGAGAUCGCUUUCCUGGUCUUCGAUGUUCGUUUGCCUUGAUUGCUUCCGUCGUGCCCAUGGCUGGCUCCAAGGGUCCUCGCGCUGGGAACAUGAUUCGGCGAUCGAAACGUUUGCGAGCUGGACGCUGGUGUUCUUCGGGAAGCGUGCGCGGUUGCAAUUGACGAAAGACGAUGGUGGCCUUCGUCCUUCUUCUCCACUAGGACCGGCGAUGUUGCGAAUGGCGA